AUGGGCCGCAUGUAUUGAUCUCUGAUCUCAUGCUUCUCUUCCUCGUCUGUUACUCCCUCCCUCCCUCCCUCCUUCAACAAAAACAAAAAAAAAAUUGAAUUUUCGAAAACCUUCAUGAUUUUGUUUGUUCACAUUUUCAUUUGAAUUAGGUUUCCUUUCUCAAUUUGAUUGCUUAAUUUCUUCUUCUCUAAGAUCUGUUUGGCACAAAAUGGCUAGACGGAGAGUUAAAACGACGGUUAAAGAAUCUGCACCAAGUAACCAAGAGAACCAGUCCCAAAUUGAAGAACCCAAACAUUUUCCAUUAAUCGACCAAGAAGUGGAGCGUCAAAUUGUGGCAAUUAGGUCAAUGCGUGAUGUGGGAAUCGAGCAUUUGCUAACAGAAUUGCGAUUGCUGCGCUCUUAUUUUAGUAAGGAACAGCUGAAUACACCUGCUUUGCAGUUUUUUAAAGAAAACCUGCCCAACUUGUCUAUUGAAAGAAAUGAGGAAAAUGGAGAGUUUCUUGUGAAGUGGAAUGACAAUGUUGAUGAUUUAUCAGAUGGGGCAAACAUAAAUGCUUCUCUCUUACGCCGUUUGUCCUUGGCUUACCCUAGUUGUUCUGCUAACUUAUCUGUUGGUCGUUUCGGAUUAUCAAGCGAUGCAGUGAAAACAAGCAUCUUUGGCGCUGCGGAUAAUUUGCAGAUGACAGACAUUGUUUUGGAGGGUCAAUCUGAUUCUCAGAUGCUUGGGAUGCAUGAUGGUCUCCGAACCCCUGGGGUUACCAGUCAGAGGCUGUCCAUUGGGAUGACACCAAAAACUCAAAGGCUGCCGAAACGUGGUGAAAUACUUCUCUCUGUCCGGGGUUCACCCCUUGGUGUCUUCAAGGAAGAUAACAUGGAAGCCAUAAAUGAAUCAGAUGAAGAUUGACUGGAUUUAUACAAUCCAAUUAGUCAUUGCCUAGAAGAUGCCGCAUUUGCCUACCCUAUUGGUCUUGAAGUAUUUUGUGAUUGUACAAACGUGUAGCGUAAUGCAAGAGCCGGUGCUCUAUUGUAAUUGCUCUGUAUGCUGAUGGAUAUCUUAAAUUGAAAAGUAGCCUUGUGUAUUUGUACACGCCUUGUAAAUUUUCAUUUUAAUCGAUUUCAUAGUUACAGAUAA